GUCAUUUACUCCUCGAAUAUGGCGGAGCUUCAGUUUGAGGCACCGCUAGCCAAGUUUGAAAACGAGGAAUGGAAUGAAUACAGUGAAUUUCAGGAAGCUAUAGCGGUAGAAAAUAUUUUAAAAGAAACUGAAACUCAUCAAACGAGUGAAGCGACCGAGCAUGAGGACAGUGAACACUUUACAGAGCCUUAUUCUGGUUCGUUAGAGGAUCUCGUGAACUCUUUUGACGAAAAAAUUACGAAGUGUUUCUGCAAUUUUGAGGAAAAUGUUAAUGAUAAAAUAGCCCCUGUACAGAUACGAAGCCAAGAGGAGAUAAUUAAUGAUUGUCAAAUGUGGUGGACCAUAACAGGUAACUUUGGUAACAUCCUUCCUAUUGAUUGGUCCAAGAGCUAUGCAAGACAACUGCAAUCCAAAGUACUCAACCUCAAAGAAGACCAGGAGCAGGAGUCGCCCAAUCUGGACCUCUCAGACGAUGAGGAGCUGGCACAGCAGUUUGACAUGCACUCGUUGAUUGUGUCCAGUCUACAGACCAGCGACAGUGACCACGUUGCCACAGCUGACGAGGUCAUCAAUGAGAUAGAACACAUGAUGCAGGAAAAUGAACCCUCGGAGUACUCUCAAGAUGACCUUGAUCAUGAAAUGGCCUUGGAAAAAGAGAAACUUCCACAGAUUCCCUCCUAUACAGAAGCAGACCUGAAAGAGAUGAACUGUACCCAGCUUAAUGAGGUUCUCAAUGAGUAUGAGGUCAUUAUAAAAGAGCUGUCGGAGGUUCUGAUCCGAGAACUGGCUCUCAGAGACGAGUUGGAGUAUGACAAAGAACUCAAAAAUCAGUUUAUAUCUCUACUGCUGACCAUACAGAAGCGUCGCCGCGAGGGAAACUUGGACAAAAAGAAAAAGAAGAGCAAAGGAGUUAAUAACAACAUGAGCAGCCCUGAGGGCGCAAGCACGUUUCUGACAACUGUAAUUCCUUACCAUGCCAUAGAUGGUCCACCCAGUUCAGAACAACUACAGAUCUACAUCAAAAUUUUACAAGCGAUUAACGAGGAUAGUCCCACAGUUCCCGGCCUGCUGACGGAUUAUAUCCUUAAAGUGUUGUGUCCUACUUGAGACCCCAGUAGAAUCCCCUGCAAAAGUCUGGGCCUAUUUUUCCUACUUUUUUCUGAAAGUCCUGUUUCUAGCAGCAACAUGCAGGACUAUCAAUCGCUGCUUGAUCGCCUUUUAUUUUGUUGGUGUCCAUGACAAACAAGUAGCAUGUUACUUAAUGAAUAGUUUUAUAUUCAAUUUUACAUUGUUAGAGUGCAAUAGUAAUGUACAAUGUGUAAUAUGGUAUGUGUUUUUGAAUAGUUUAUUUGUUUUUAUAAAAUAAUUGCCACCAAAGAUAUUAUUUCAACAAUACUUGAUGUUUUAGGUGCUUAUAAUUUUCAAUCAAAUCGUACAUCCACCAGGUUAUUUAAGGGGGGAAAUGUCAUCUUUUAUUGGAUGGUGUGUUCACUUUAAUUAGUCCCUGUCAGAUGAAAAUAUUAGACAGUAUUAUUUUAUCAUUAAAGCAUGUGAAAUAAUCUAGCAGUGUAAUUCAGCUCUGUAAGUCAUUCUGUGGUUCCAAGAAAUUGUGAUCAAUUAUUAGAAUAUUGUAAUAAUAUUUCAGCCAAAUGAAUUAACCAGUGUCAAUUUGUACCAUGAAGUUAGGAAACAGACAUUUUUGAAUUUGUUUUUUGCUUUGUUCGUGAGGAAUUUUGUUGUGGAUUAUAAUAAUUUAAAAAGGAAAAUACAUAAAAAUUGUAGUGUUGUGAUAAGAACUGUCUCGUUUAUAUAUCGGUAUGUUUCGUGCAUAUGCUAUUUUGAACAAAUGAGAGUGCCAUUUAUUUAUUAGCAGAAUGAAGCUUAUUAUUGUAUAAAAUUGUUUUUAAUGAUUUUUAUAUGGUUAUUUAUUAUACCCCCUGCUUGAUAAGCAGGGGUUAGAUUGUGAUGGGAUGUCCGUCUCUACAUCCUUUGGUACAUCCCUCUGUACCGAGCACAAAAAAAAAAUCAUCUCUUACCCACAACUUCUCAAACACCACUGAAUAAAUUUAACUAGACUUUCCCAGAAACUUUAUUACGUAGUGUCAUUGUUGACUCCUAUUUUUUGUUUUGAUUGGACAGAUACUUGGGGGUUCCCGUAGCCAAACAUGGACACUGCCAUUCUUUCUACAACAUUGGGGUUACCUUUUUCUUAUCCCCAACUCCUCCACUAUAAAGUUUAAUAAGACCUUUGCAGAAUCUUUAUUACUUAGUGCAAUUGUGCACCUUCUAUUUUAUGUUCUGAUCUGACAGAUAUUUGAGGUUUCCCAUAGCAAAAAGAUGAACUUUGCCAUUAUACUCGUAGCAGUGAGUAUUAUUUUGUGAGUUCAGUGCUCACAGUAUGUUUAGUUGUAAAAUGUUCUGUUUUAGAAUCAUUAUUUGUGAAACAGUUUUAUUUCAAAUUAUGGCAAGAUAUUGAGCAAAUGCACUUAUACAGAAGCUAGUGAGCAUUUUUGGUUUUUUGUGUGAGUGGAGGUUUUCAAUACCAUAUGAUUGCUAACAGGAAUGGAUGCAUGUUAGUUUUAAAAAACUGAAAUCCAUGCAUUAAUGCAACACCAUGUAGCACAUUAUGUGUAAAUAAUAAAGUUGUAUCUGGUCCAAAAAUACAUGUAGGUCCCUUGAUGGUACACAGUAUUAGUUUAUACUCAUUGAUUCAGAUACUAUUUCUGUUCCAACUACUGCUUUAAAUACAGUAAAGCACAGUUAAAACAAACAUGCUUAUAACGAAUUCAUGCUUAUAGCAAUGUGAUUUUCAUUCACUGUAGCUUUAAAACAUAUGAUGAACUUAACAGAUAUAACAAAUUAUGUUUAUAGUGAAUCCAAAUCGUGCAUCCUUGGCACUUCGCUAUAAGUGUGUUUUACUGUUCAUGAGGGGUCUGAUUUUGUCAAAUCAUUUAAUUUUGGGCGUGCUUGAUUUAGCUUAACUUGGUGAACACCAGUGUACACCGGUGUGAAAGAUGAUGGUGUAUAAUCAAGUGCAUUUUACGAGGUGUAGUGUAUAUGGUGUAGUAUAUGUUUUGCAUCUCGCCAGUGUGUGGCUAAAAAUUUUUGUUUAAAGUGAAAAAAAAAUUAAAAAACGUUAAUAAUUGACUAAAUUAUUUUAAAAUGGUCAAAAAAUGAUUUCAAUGUCAUCACUUACAUACAAAAGAAAACUUGAAUGUGAUUUCUUAUCCUUUAUAUUACAUAAAACCAUUUCUUAAAUUUUUCAAUUGUACCAUUCUCCGCCAUAUUGGAUUCAGUAUACACCUUUCAACACAUGCCCUAAAUUUGGUGUAAGAAAGUGUACACCGAGUGUACACCAAAAAUCUACACCCCUGCACUUGAUUAAGAAAGGUGUAAGCGGUGUAAGUAAAUCAAGCGCACCCUUUGUUGUAUAUGAACAAUAGAAAUAGCAAUUUGUGUUGAUACAAGUAGAUCAAAGAUAUAGUCGACAUACACAUAUUUCAAGCAUGAAAUCAGUUACAUGUAUGAGUAAAUAACUGUGCGAUAAUUGCUGUUCAAUUAAUCGGGAGAGUAACCAACCAUCUCUCACUCAUUCUCACACUGUUACAUGUAUUUACACUGUAUCGUUCAGUACAUUGUGUGUGGUCACACACAAAUCAUGACUAUUUUAAACUGUCUAGCUACAUUUCUUGCUUGUAAGUGUUGUUAUAAUGUGUAUACUUUUAUAUCCUCGUUCGUGUUUACCACUUUGUAAUGGUCUAGUCAACGUUAGUGUAUUCUGGUAAACCCUGUAUUUGUCCAUGUAAAGUGUACAUGUAUGUAUAUUAAUGUCUCGUAUAAACAUUUAAAUAAUAUGUUUAAAUAGAUUCACUUUGUCACAUAUGAUGUACAUAAUAAUUAUGAAGAUAUGAACUCUUGUACUGUUGCUUUACAAAUGGAAUACUGUGGAAAUCAUUUCAUAAGGUUCAUUUUUUCAUAGAUUUUUAGGUACCCCAGUCUAAAAAUUCAUAACCUCAAAAAAUAUUGAACUUGUUCAAAACAUUUAAGUUGCAUUAAUUGAUGUUUCAACAAUGUAAUUUUUAACAAUCCAAAAAACAACCAAAAUAAUAUCACAGUACAUUUUGAAUUACCUAGGCCACUUUGAAGAAUUGAUUUAGAACUGUGAAUUGUUUGUAACAUGUAAGAAUUAAAGCUAGGCUCAACUUUGAUGUCUGAACACCAUGUCUCACAAAGAGUAAUUGAAACUGACAGUCGUAGUUUUCAGUCUCAUGUCAGCAGAAAACAAACACAUUUGUAUCAUGAUGGAUCUGUAUUAAUAUUGUACAGAAGGCCAGUCUCUGUGAUUAGCUCUCAUCGUAGAAUCAGGUGUGAUUCCAAUGUUGCAUCAUUUAUCCUCUCCAGUUAUUAUAGAAGCUGGUUGUCAGUGUAUAGCUGUGAUUAUUAUUAUUUAUACCAAUCACUACCAUGUAUAUACUCAAGUGUGCUCUGUGAAUGCAGGUGUAUUUACCAAAUAAAAUGCCUCUUUGCAAA